CUAUAUAUAAUAGAACAAAUUGGAAAGCGAUGGCCCCAAAUAUACUUCUCGAGCAGAACCCCUAACGAUUCGAUUCUGUAGAUCUACUUCCUUACUUCCUUGUCGAUUGACGGCGCGAGCAUUUCAGAUUUGUACGAGAGGAUGUCUUUAAAUAGGUACGAGGAGGCACCUCCUGAGUUACGGACAGCUAAAACGAUGGUGUGGUGGGACAUCAAAAGCUGCCCGGUUCCGGAAGGUUAUGAUCCUCUUCUUGUCCGUAGGAGUAUAGAAUCUGUCUUGAGCGAUAAACAAUACUGUGGUCCUCUCACCAUCAUUGCCUUGGGGAACCUAGAAGACAUCCCUCUCGAAGACCUGCAAGCCUACUCCUCCUCUGGCAUCGUUAUGAAACACGACCCGUUCGUUGAAUCUUCUUGUACUGAAAAUCAAGAAGGUACAACUAUCUCGAGCAUUAUGGAGGAAGUGCGACGUUGGACAUUUUUUAAUCCAGCCCCUGCUUCGAUAGUGUUCAUAUCCAAUCCCACAUGUUUUCUGCGCUUCUCUUACCAGAUGAACUGUCUUUCAACGAGAGAAUAUAACAUUCUUCUCGCAUUCGAAACCGCUCCUCGCGAUGGCUAUUCUCCUCCUAGUCCUACAAAAUUUCUCUGGAAAGACUUGCUUAAAGAUGCAGUGAGGAAAUCACAUUCUACAGGGCAAAGAAUUGAGGAGAAGUUCUCAGGUGAACCUGGCGGCAUUUUUUGCGCAGCAUGCAAGUCUGGUUCAAGAGACGGACGCAUUGAAGAUGGUGAUUUAACCACGCAUCUCACGAGUGAAACACAUGAACUGGAAUGGUAUACCUCGAGAAAGAAUGGAUUACCUUUUGAAGAAUCACCCAGAGAACAAGGGAAGAGGAAGAGAGGAAGACAGCGAAGAGGAAGACAACGAAUGAGCGUCGCUUUGAGCCCCUUUUUAUCAUGUGUUUUAUCUUCUUUUUUUUUUUUGAGCAACGCACACUUUUAUCUAUUCUAUGUUUGGUGGAAAUUAGCCUUUUAUCUAAUCUAUGUUUGGUGGAAAUUAGUCCAAUACACUUGAUGUAAUACCGACGAAAAUUUGAAACCUUUAUGCUUAGGGGUUUGCAGAAAACAUUGUUUUUGUC